AGCUGUGAGCUCAGACGGCAAACAUUCAUCUGACCGUCAGCUUCCUACUCAAGCUGCAGACAUGAAGUUGGUGAUCCUUUUGGCGAUUUUAAGUGGGGUGUUCGCUGCUCCAUUUAUCAAAGAAGAGGCAGCAAAGAAGUUUAUCAGGUUGAAGAGACAGGCUGGAUACUGGGAUCCGCACCACUCUCAGAACAUGUGGGGUUUCACCAUCCAGGAACAGAUCAACGAGCAGUGGACGGCCCUUCGAACAGGCGCUCAGUACUACAUGGACAUGGGCAACCUGAUGUUUGACCGCUCUGUGGCUGAUGAAAACACCAGACAGUUAAUGGAGAUGCUGAGAAACGCACAAGCUCACCUGGACAGCCAGAUGGGCCGACACCAAUAGGAAACAAGAGAGGGACAAGACUUCGUGCUGUGAACAGAAAUAUUGUAACUCUUUUUCUAAGCCGGCACUUUGAUCCUAAUGGGAUUUAUAGAUUGUAGUGCAGAGUAGUGCAUUUUAUUCUGGUCUGUAACUCUUAUUUUUGGUUUAGUCAUUUUCUGAAAUUUUAUAAACAGUUUCUGUGUUUGACCCAUGCUUGUUGAAUAGUCUUCUUCUGAAAAUGAUUUUUACAACCUUUUACCAAAAUGUUGCCUUUUUAUAUACAUGCCAAAAAGAAGUUCUGUUUUUAUUAAGUUGACCUUUUAAUACAAUAAAACACUGAUAUCAAAUAACCUUCUUCUUUGUAUAUUUGCUAAUUAAAUAUGCAAAAAAUUACAAUAGAAAUACCAUUAAAACUUUUCUUUAUUAGAUCCUUCAUUCACAUCAAGCAAAACCUUUUUAUUGCUUCUAAAAUACAAUCUUAUAAA